AUGGAGAAGUAUGAGCAAAUACUAACCAUAGGCAGGGGAUCAAGUGCUGAGGUCUUCCUGAUGAGGAACAUAGAGACAAAGAAACUGUUUGCCGUGAAAAAAAUCAAGACAGAUCCAUCAAAGAAAAUGAGAACCAAAGAGGCAGUGCUUCAGGAGGUGACCAUCCUGGGCAAACUCAAGCACCUCCACAUUGUAACCUGCCAUGAGCACUUCUUUGAGGAGGAACAUAUGUUCAUCAUCCAGGAUUACUGUGAUGGUGGCUCCCUGGAUGACCACAUUAAGAUGAGGAAGGAGGGGUACUUUCCCGAGAACACAAUCAUGGAAUGGUUUGUGCAACUAGCUAUGGCUGUUCAGUACAUCCAUUCCAUAAAGAUCCUGCACCGAGAUAUCAAAACAUCCAAUGUGUUUCUCACUAAGAAAGGGAUGGUGAAACUGGGGGACUUUGGCAUUUCGAAGGUCAUGAACAGCACCCUGGACAUGGCAAGCACUUUUGUAGGCACACCCUAUUACUUGAGCCCAGAGCUCUGCGAGGAUGUGCCGUACAGCUCCAAGUCAGACAUCUGGGCGCUGGGAUGUGUUCUCUUUGAAAUGUGUGCCUUAAAGCCACCCUUUGAUGGAAUAAAUCUGGUCAGCUUGUUUUACAAGAUUGUGAAAGGCGAGUAUGCUGCUGUGCCAGAGUGCUAUUCUGAGCCCCUGCAUGGCUUGAUCCAAACCAUCCUGGCAAAGUGCCCAGGAAAGAGACCCAGUGCCAGCAGCAUCCUCAACAUCCCUUUUGUCCAGCAACACCUGAAGCUCUUCCUUCUUCACCAAGAAUCCCAACUCUUCAAGCAGCAACAUCUGGCAAAGCUCCAUGAGGAGGACAACACAGAUCCCCUCUCAUCCACACCUCAAAGUAAGACACUGUUGGCUCACCAAGGGAGGGGAGCCUUAAGGCCAAAGUCAGCUCCACGGUAUGUCAACACACACAGUCCAGAGCUUUAUAAGCCAGAGGAGCUCUCCAGCACUCUAGACAGCAGCUCAGAUUACUCUGAAGACUUUGAGCAUAAAAGUGUAUCUUCCAUUGAGGAGAACUUAGAAGAUGACAUACCCAUUCCACCUCUGAUCAAGGAGGUGCCAAGAGAGAUAGAGUGGAAGGAUGAGGCGGAGCUGACCGAUUACCCUGAUGAUUUUGAGGAGGUUGAGGAGACCAGCCUGGAGGACGUGGUGAGCAAUGCUCGCUGUGCGAUCAAGAUGCCAGCUGACAAUGAGGCAUUCCAGGAGGAACAGAUGGAUAACCAAGGGCCUGCUGAUCUCUCCUUCACCCUGAAGACUUUGCGGGAGACAUGCAAAGGUGAGGCUGGAACUUCUCUGUAUGAUGAAAUCACAGGUCAGGCCCAGUUCACCCCUGAGGAUCUGCAGCCUCAUUUUGAACAUCGAAUGGGCCCUGACCACCUGGAGACCUGCUAUCUGCUCCUCAGCUUGGACCAGGAAACAACUUAG